GGGGCGGCGCGGGCGGGCCGGCCGGGCUGUGCACCUGCUCCUGGGCGGGCUGCUUGGGGCAGCGUCCUCAGCCCGCCCGGCCCCGCCAUGGCCAGGCCGCAGAGGACUCCGGCGCGCAGUCCUGACAGCAUCGUCGAGGUGAAGAGCAAAUUUGACGCCGAGUUCCGACGCUUCGCACUGCCCCGAGCUUCGGUGAGCGGCUUCCAGGAGUUCUCACGGUUGCUGCGAGCGGUGCACCAGAUCCAGGGCCUGGACGUGCUGCUUGGCUACACAGAUGCUCACGGCGACCUGCUGCCCCUCACCAACGAUGACAGUCUGCACCGGGCGCUGGCCAGUGGUCCCUCACCGCUGCGCCUACUGGUGCAGAAGCGGGCAGAAGCAGACUCCAGAAGCCUGGCUUUUGCCUCCAACUCUCUGCAGCGGCGCAAGAAAGGGCUCUUGCUGCGACCAGUGGCCCCACUGCGUACCCGGCCACCUCUGCUAAUUGGCCUGCCCCAAGAUUUUCGCCAGGUUUCCUCAGUGAUAGAUGUGGACCUACUACCUGAGACCCACCGACGAGUGCGGCUGCACAAGCAUGGUUCAGACCGCCCCCUGGGUUUCUACAUACGAGAUGGGAUGAGCGUCCGUGUGGCUCCCCAGGGCCUGGAGCGGGUUCCAGGCAUCUUCAUCUCCCGCCUGGUACGUGGGGGCCUGGCUGAGAGUACAGGGCUGCUGGCAGUCAGUGAUGAGAUCCUCGAGGUCAAUGGCAUUGAGGUGGCUGGGAAGACCUUGGAUCAAGUGACGGACAUGAUGGUUGCCAACAGCCAUAACCUCAUUGUCACUGUCAAGCCUGCCAACCAGCGCAAUAAUGUGGUUCGAGGGGCAUCUGGGCGUCUGACAGGGCCUCCCUCUGCAGGACCUGGGCCUACUGAGCCCGACAGUGAUGAUGAUGACAGCAGUGACCUGGUCCUUGACAACCGCCAGACUCCCUGUUACAAUGGGCUGUCUCAGGGUCCCCCAUGCUGGGACUUGCAUUCUGGGUGCCUACUUCCUGGUGCCCGCAGCUCUCUCCCCUCCCUGGAUGAUCAAGGACAGGCCAGCUCUGGCUGGGGGAGUGGCAUACGAGGAGAUGGUAGUGGCUUCAGCCUUUGACAGGCAAGGAUGCAACCCCUUGCCACUGGAGGCUGCUGGAACAUAGCAGGGACUUCCCAUUGGGAGGUUUUAGCUUGCUCACAGGCCCCUCUUAGCAUGGGAAACAUUAAAGAUUUUCUACCGUUA